AACACAACACCAGGGCUGAUCGAUGGCAUUGUAAAUCCUAUAACCCUAUUUUCUCUUGGAACGGCCAGAGAGAAGCGUACAGAGCCGUUGGCGAAGUUUCAACCCAACCUUUGUAGCUUCAGCGUCUGUAGAUCUGCCGUCAGCGAGCAAGGUCGAGGUUCAAUUUUCCCAGGGAGAAGUAGUUGGUACGGCGUCUGUGCACAAAGUUGGCUCUUUGAACUGCGUUUGUGGAACAUAAGGAAAAAAUGAUGGGUUUUGGUUCUUUUGGUCACGAGAGUUCAUCAUUAUCUUCAAGCUUGUCGCCCUUAGCACAACCUUUCGCUGUUGAUCGAUCCCUCCCUAAACCCAACCUCGUACCUUUUGCUGAGGACCCUUACUCAUAUUCCCUUCUGCCUUCUUUCGAAAAUUGGCUCCAUUUGCAUCCUCCUACUUCUGUUACCGAUCCAUUUUCCAGUCCUAGUUCAAUUUCUGAAUUAGACUCUACACAUGCCACUAAUCUGUCCUGCGCGGGCAAUUACGGGUACUUUGGUUCUCAGUCUAUCAGCUCGUUUGGUCCCCAUUUACAGCCUGACACAGCUACUUCUUCCAUCGGGUCUUUCCCUUAUGAUCUGCAGCAGACAGAGAGCAUUAGGACUACUCUUGUUGAAACAAAGCCAUAUUAUCCCCAGUACCCAUCAUCAGCAAGUCACAAUGAUAGUAACCCCGUCUUCCUCAAUGAUUCUGGUUGUAGCAUGAUAUCAGCCUCUAGUUUUGCUCCUUUAGAUGAGGCCUAUCAGGCCGGUUACACUCGAAACUUUUCUGUGGGCUAUACGGGUUGUUGGAGUGGCUUUUGUGAUGGUCUGGCUGAAGAGGAGCAGGCUCGAAGGAAGGGCCUUGAUGGAAAUUUGUUUGGCUCCGGGAAUCAUGGCAUCGAUUCAAUGACUGACAAAAGUUUUCUAAAGGAAGGGACUCCUGCUCCUGAAGGCUUGACAGCAGAACGUGUUGAGAUUUCUGCAAGAAAAAAUCCAAGUGGAUCAAGAGGUACCAGAUGGCUAGAAAAUACAUGUUCAUCACUUUCAGAUGAUACUGCUAGAGUAUCUCCUUUCAACUCUUCAAGACCUGGAGUCUCGGAUCCUGUUUUGAUGCUCCAGGAAGCCCGUUACCCUCAAGCACCAUUUCCAGAUUCAUUCACAAAAACAUGGAGUAGUCUUUUUCCUGACACUGCUUUAUAUGAGGGAUGCUUCACACAACUUGAUUCAUGUACAACUGAUCCUGCAGUUUCACAUGCGUCUAUAACAAGCUCUUCUUCAUCCGACUAUUUGGAGCAAGGGCCAAAGAAACAAGUUUUUCAGCUAUGGAGACGUCAAGAAAUGUGAAUUUCAGUCACCAGCCUGGGGAUGCAUUUGACAAUGAUGAAUCUGCUGGCUUUUUCACCUCCAACAUAAAGGAGUCUUUGAUCCAGAUGAGUUCAAAAGAUCUGUUAAAGGCAAAACCUAAACUCCAAGCUAAUUAUUUCAAGCACUCUGAUGCUUGCAAUGUAGUAUCUGGAGGUGCUGGAACAGCUGAUUCUGAAGAGGGAUCUUCUGAAACAUUUGAUCAGUUUAACCCAAUUGUGGAUUCCCCCUGUUGGAAAGGUGCUCCAGCUUCCUGUCAAUCUCCAUUUGGCGUCACUGAAGUGGUGUCGCCAUAUUUUCAUGUAGAGGAGUUUGAAGGAUGUAAUAGCUCCAAUCUUGGAGGGCCUCAUAUUCUUUCUGUCAAUGCUGAUGAUGCUGUUGCUGUUUCCUCACAGAAGAAAGGGGUGAACGUAAGACCUUACGAAAAUGAAAAUGGUGAAGAUGGUUCAUCAUCCUUUUCUAAGGGAAUGUCGUCGGUUAAUUUUCUCUCUGUGGAAGAUGAAUUAAAAGAUUCUGUUAAAGCAGCACAUUAUCAUUCCAAAGUGAACAUUGAGAAUGAGAUAUUAUAUUCCGAUGUCAUCCAGGAACUGACUCAACCAAGAAAAGGACAUGUUCCAUCAGUCUAUUCAAAAAGUUCUGAACUCAAACCUUCUCACAUGAAACAAAUGAGUUAUGGCAAUAACAUUACAUCUGCAGAACUGUUAACCUCAGAGGCAACAGUUGCAGAUUCUGGAAUGGAUAUCAAGGAUCUUGGACAGGAUGGCUCAUCUUGUGUACAAUUCAAUGCUGUGGAACAUUCUUCAAGUUUGCCUUUUUCUUUAGCCAGCGUUCCUGUUGGGCUUGCUAAACAAUUCGGUGGAGCAUCUGACACCAGACCAAAGAUUGAUAUUCAGCUGCUGCUUAAUGCUAUGGAUAACUUGUCAGAAUUGCUUCUUUCUAGUUGUUCCAAUGAUGUAGAGGCAUUGAAGGAACAGGAUCAUGAGGUUAUUUGUCGUGUAGUCAACAAUCUUGAUGCUUGUCUCUCAAAUAAGGGUGGGUUAAUGAGAUCACUGCCCCAAAUACAAUUUCCCGAGUCAAGCACUUGCUGCCUUAGAAAGCCAACUGAUCCUCAAAAGGUCACUUGGACAUGCAGGUCCCAGGUCAACAGUGUAGAGGCUGUUGAUGUACCGAGUCAAAAUGACCUCGAUGGAAAAAUGCAUUGUACUGAUUCUGGUCAGCAAGAUAAUAAAUUGCAGGAUUUUGUUUCUAUUGAUGGUGAGACAGGAAUCAAGAUAGAUAAUGACAUGAGCCAGGUUAUGAAGAAAAUUAUGGAGGAGAAAUUUGACAAUGAACUCCAGCAAACUAUAUUAUUUAAGAACUUAUGGCUUGAGGCAGAAGCUGCAUUGUGUUCUGUGAAAUAUGAAGAACGCUAUGCUCGCAUGAAAAUAGAGAUGGAGAACUGCGAGAGAUACCAAGAGAAAGGUGCGGCAGGAAAGCCAAUUGACACAGUGGGACAGUUGAGCACUUGCGUUUCUCGUGAUCUGAUCAUUGAUGAUAUGUUGACACAAGGGAUGGAGGAGAACACACUUCCAGACACCACUACCCUGGAGUCAAUUCCAACCGGAAUCGCCAGUCAGGCUAAGAAUGUUGAGGCUCCUGUUCCCUGUCAAGCUGAGGACAGUGAGGCUUCUGUUAUGUCCAGAUUUCGUAUUCUAAAAUGUCGUGUUGAAAAGUGUAGUUCCAUGAAUGAAGGGCAUCCGGCGGAGUCCACUGGCAUUGGAGCUUAUGCAGGAAGGGAAGAUACAAUAUCUAGCCCGUGUCUGAAUGGAACUCAAAAUAUUAGGACGGAGAUCCAACCAAUAAAUGUUGUUGAUGGGGUUUCUUCAGAGAGGAUAAACCCUUCGCCUUUUUUAAUAGACAGAUCAGAAGAUGGACAUUUGGAAGUGACAAUUAGGCCGGACAUGCAGCAUCAUGGUACAAGUUGCACCGAAGAGAAAAUUGAAUUGGAUUCGGAUUUUCCUUGGCAACAAGACCCGUUGAAAGAGUUUGGGGUUUGUAUUUCUGAAGAACCAGUCAAUGCUCUUAUACCAAACCGGGAUGGGAAUCAGUCCAUAGGUGAUGGGUUUGAUAGCCCAUCCUCUGAUUGGGAGCAUGUGCUGAAGGAGGAGCUGAAGUGGCAGAACUGACUGGCUCUAUUAGUGGAUUGCGAAUGUACGCGUCUGUUGGAGGCACUAUGAUGGUUGGGGUGACAUACACUGGUUGUCUGGAUCACAAUUUGUGCUUGAAAUGCUAUGGUGUGAAAUCUCUAUGAAUGCUCUGUUCUAAACUUGUACAAAGUCUUUAAACCUGUAUGAAUUUGAAUUUCUGGAGUGCAUCUCAUUGACUAUGAAUUCACGAGUUCCAAUUUUAUUGUUACUAAUGAGAAAACCCAUCUUUACUCCUCA